UGUGUUUGCAUGGCAAUGUAAUUAUUUUGUUCGUUGAAUACUGUGAAAAUAAAACAAUCAGAAAAAUGCCAUACAGACCGAUAAAUAAAUGUUUACCAGUGACGGUGGAUAUACGUUUGCAGCAUAGAUACUCAGAUAUUGGAACGGAUCUUUCGCGUUGUACACAUUUUAAUAAAAUAGAAGUGCUGCGAUUACUGCAGUUGCAUUACAUGCUAACAAAAGAAAAUACAGUACCUAUGGAUAAGUUUCAAUUCAUACAAUUUAUGGACAUUUUUCUAGGACUAAGAAACGUAGAUGCCAUAGAUAAAAUAUUUUUACUUAGUUGCGAAACAAACAAAGAACUAACUGGGCCUGAGUUUGUCAAGGUAUUAUCAAUGGUGUUAAAAGGAACACUACCCGACUUGAUAAACUUUUGCUUUGAAGUUUACACGGAGAUGGUCAGAUCACCUAAAUACAUUAAAAAAGAGGACGUGUUACUGAUGGCCAAAAGAAAUAGCAUGAAGAUGUGUAAGUUAAUGAAUAUGGAGGAGUACGAUCAAAGUUUCGUGGAUUUCGUUAUGGCUGAGUUGGACAAGGAUCGUGAUAGUAGAAUAUCACUGGAAGACUAUCGAAACGCUGUGCACGAAAAUGUCGCCUGGUUACAGUUUUUGGGGCAAAUUCUUCCAUCGUCUUCCAGAAAAGAAGCAUUUAUGAAAUUAUUUACAAAUCGACCAUAUAUUAAUAAUAUACAGACUACAGCGGCAGCGAUGACUCGAAAAAACAGGGAGAGUACUGCAAGAAUGAAAUCAACAGCUAGCCAAAUCGAUAUCGCUAGUAGUACAUCAUUUUCCAGCGAUUCAACUGGUUUGAUGAUUAACCGUGGCACUCCUCAAGGUACAAUGAGCAGAAGAAAUCUAGCAGUAUCGGAUGGAAACUAUUUAACAUUAUUUUAACAAAUUACUGAUUUUUGGUAAAUAUUAUAUCACACCAAAAACACUUGGUUAUAACUCCGUGUAAAAAAAGCUAAGCUAAAAAAAAUUAUGUAUAUAGUAAUGAUUAAAUCUUUAAGAAACGUGAUAUAAUAUGGGAAUUAAAAAAAAAUGGCAUUUUAUAAUAUUAUUAAAAACACCUGUGACGACAAAUAAGAUCAACUGUAUAAAGUUAAAUACUUAGUCAAAAUAUUGUUUAACUACUUUAGGUACAGGACGUAUAAGUAUACUUAAAUAAGUAACCACUAUAGUAUUUUUUGUAAUUAAUAAUUUAUAAGCAAUAUGUUGACUAAGUAUAUAACUUUAUACAAUUUAUCUUAUUUUUCGUCGUAGGUGUUUUUAAUAUUAUAGAAUGACAUUUUACUUAGUUUCCAUAUUACAUCACGUUUUUUUAAAGAUUUAAUUAAUUACUAUAUCUAUAUAUUUUUUUUAGCUUAGCUUUUUUUACAUGGAGUUAUUAUCAAGUGUUUUUGCCGUUUUUUUUUUUGUGUGAUAUCAGCUAUUUAUUUUAUAAAAUAAGCCACGAUUUUACUUGACUGUAUAUAACAAUAAUAAUAUAAAUCCAGCAAGCAUCGUUGGCUAAAUAUUA